UUUAAAUUUGGAGGUCAAAAGGUAUUACAUCUGCUAUUUCUCUGUUUUCUGCUUCAAAAUUCGUCUAAAAAUAGUCUGAAAUGCUCAGAAUUUCAUAAAUAACAUCCCAAAUUUAGCCAAAAUGGAGAACAUUGAAAGUGAUUAUGAAAGCUCAGAUGAGCAUAUUAAGUCAUCAUUGCCAUCAGACAGCAUUUGCAAGAGGCCGAUAAUUCAUUCACCAAGUAUGAACAUUGAGAAUACUAAUAUCAAUAAUUGCCACGAAAUCAGGCCAAUUGAGGACGAUCAAGAAAUCCCUGAAGUUUAUGAGUCGAAUCCAAAACAAAAUGACUUCAUCAAAAAUGAUAUACAAAAAUCUUCUAAAGUAGUCCAGCUUGAGAGUCAAGAGAGUGAUGAAGAGCCUGUCAGUAUCAGGAACACGAUUAACUCAAAGCCUGUACUGUUCGUCAGACCACAUCAUCUGAAGACAUCUCGGUCUGGGUCGAGGAAGAACCAGAGGAAAUCUCAAGGAAGCUCAUCUACCUCUCGUAACUUUAACCCUUACUCUAUCCCAGCGACUAGCAGGGCUCUAGAGACUUCAAGGGAUAGCUCAGAGCGUGACUUACACAAGAGGAAGCGGUCUUUUACUAACAAAAAUUCUGAUAUAAUGUCUCAAAAUCUGAUCAAAUAAGCAAAUCCAAACAACUGUGGAGUAUUUAUCCCAAAAUGGGUAUAUCUCAUUCCCAAAUUUCCUUCAAGCUUUGUACCUUCUGCAGAUCACAACAUGAUUGGGAAGAGUAAACCUUCCGAACCAUGAAUCUGCAAGUAGAGCUAAGGCUUAUCGAGAACAAGUUGAACGGAGAGAAUUCGAAUUCGCCACUAAUCUAUGGAACAUUAUCAACAAGUUCCUCUUCAACUACGUUGAUUCCGUGAUUUGUAUUGACUUCUUGACGAUUUUGCUAUCCAAAAAUCCACUAGAUAACGUAGAUCUGGUUGAAGAGUACUUGUCAGAGGUCUCCAUAGUCGAUAACAUUCCUGAGGAAGAGAUUCUGAAGAACAUAGAGACAAACAGGGAUAUAUUUGUAGAACAUCCUUGGUCUAUCCAACAUUUAUUCUACGAAUAUCUGACAAAUCUGAAGCAGCCUGUGCAGAUCACUAGGCAAAUCAAAGGGCCUCUUGCUCAAGUAAAACUAAUAGAAACUCUGAACGAGCACUACAAAGAGUACACCUUCAAGCCGAAGAUCAGUAAGAAAUCAAAACAGAUUGAAAAGCAAAAGAAAGAAGAAGCUAUUCACCAUAUCAACAGUUUUAUUGAAGAGCAAGAAGCUCUUAAGAAUGAGACUCCACAAAUCGAGAGCUCAGAGAUGUUUCAGCGAAAAUAAGUCUGUGAAUAUCUCCAGAAGGAAGAAAUCCCUCAAAGGGUCUAAAAUAGAUGAUUGGCUCAAUAGAUCACAUGAUCAUUCUACACACAACAGGCUAUAUAAUGAAGCUAAAAUACUUGACGCAAAGCUGAUGCAUCAAAGAAAAAUACAUUGGCACUCAGGUGAAGAUGGCUGAACCUUCCAGCCAAGAUUAGUCACAAACCCUGAGAAAACAAGAAAAUUGUGAGCAGCAAGGACUAAGAGCCUGGAAUCUCAAUUGUCGACUACUAAGCUAAAGCAACGCACCAGAAAUAUUAAAUCUCAAAAUGCAGUUAAUUCAGUCCAAAAUAACAGAAUCAUGACUAAAGCAUCUAUUUCCAAGAAGAAGCCUCGCCAGAAAGGAAUGAAAAACUAUCUCAAGAUAUUACGUGAGAAAGAAAUGAUAAAGAAUCAAUCAAUGAAUAUGUCCAAAGCCCAGGCUGAUGUUAACGAGGAUAACCAUGAAGGCCCUCAAUCUUCCUCUAAAGGUGAGGAUAAGAAACGAGAGCCUCUAGGAAUGAUGAAGAAUUCAGGAUCAAGGAAUAAUAUGCCAGCUCAGCCAAAGAAGACUAUCCUAAUCCCUUACAAACAUAGUUAUAAGGAUAAGGACACGAAAGGAGAUAUUAUAGAACUUAAGAUCCACUAUACCAAGACAAAGUGAGCGACUCUUCAUGUUACCAAAGACUCCAACCCCAGAGAUGUAGCCAAGGGAUUCUGUAAAACCUAUGGACUUGGAAAAUCAAUGUAUGAUUCCUUGGUAGCUGUAAUUACUAAGAAGAAAGAAAAAUGGAAGCUCUAAUCGUAUUCUACUGAAAUCAGUUCAAUUUUAUUAUUGACUUGAGG